UCGCGGUUCCGGCGAGAGGAACGCGGCGGGGAGGCGUUGAAGGCGAGCUGCGGGUUCCGGACCAUGCACCGGCCGAACUUUCGAGCCCCGACGACUCCCUACCCCGGCCCGGGCGGCGGAGGCUGGGGUGGCGGAGGCAACAGCAGCUUCCGAGCUGCCCUGGGCGGGAGCGGGCCGCGGCCGCCGUCCCCGCGGGAGGAGCUGGGGAGCCCGCUGCCCUCCCCGGCCUACGGGCCGCGCGCCAGGCCCUACCGGAGCGGCCACUCCCCGCGGCCCGGCGGCGGCUUCCCGGGAGCCCGGCUCGGGUCUCCGUCCCCCGGCGGCUACGCCGGCUCGUAUCCCAAGUCGCCCGCGGGGUCCCAGCAGCACUUUGGCUACUCCCCGGGGCAGCAGCACACCUACCCCCAGGAUUCUCCAAGGACAUCUACACCAUUUGGAUCAGGGCGUGGUAGAGAAAAAAGAAUGUCUAAUGAGUUGGAAAGUUAUUUCAAACCUUCAAUGCUUGAAGACCCUUGGGCUGGCCUAGAACCAGUAUCUGUAGUGGAUAUAAGCCAGCAAUACAGCAAAACGCAAACAUUUACAGGCAAAAAAGGAAGAUACUUUUGUUAACAUUUCUGAAAUUCAACUGGAAGCUUCAUUUGUCAGGAACAUCUUGGACAGAACUCUUAACUUGUGUAAUUAAGUUGAACCCGCAGAUGAUGACUUUGAAUAACUAUUAGUAGAGCCUUCUAGGGAUUUCUUACUUUAUAAAGUACUGAUACUUUAAAGAAGAUGGUAGAAUAUUUGCAGUGUUUAGCUCUCCUAAAAGUGCCUAUCACAUUUAGAAGAUUCCAAGUUCCAUAUUUAACAUUCCUCAUAUAAUGGACAUUUGUCUUAAUGUUUUUCCAGUGUUAAAAUAAAACAUGUUGUCUUUCUAAUUAUAUUGUGACUUUGUGGGAUAAGUAGAAUUACUAAAAUAAUGCUGCAAAAUCACUUAGAAUUCAUAGGUAAAUGUUUUAUAAACCUUUAAAAUGAAAUAGAUAAACCAUCCUUUCAGCUAUAUACAAUUUUGUAUUUGUUCAUAGAGAAUUGUUCUGCAUUAAUUUUUUCCCCUAAUGUAUCUGUAAAAAUCAAAACCUUAGCAUCACCUUAUACUCAUUUAACCCAAAAAGGCAGGGGAUAAACCAUGCAUAGGUUGCUUGAUUUUUCUUUCCAAUUUUCUCCAUAUUCUCAGUAUUAUUUCUCUUAAAUUAUUUAUUAGCAAGCAGAAAGAGAGACAAAGAUUGAAAGAGAGAAGGGGUGCACCAGGGCCUCCUGUAAACAAACUCCAGAUACAUGCUUGCAUGUACCCCUCUGCCCAUCUGGCUUUACGUAGGUACUGGGGAAUUGAGCCUAGGCGUUUAGGCUUUGCAAGCAAGAAUCUUAACUGCUGAGCCAUCUCUCCAACCCCUUCUCGUCAUUCUUGAAACCAAAGAUCGGAUAGUUUCUUUUCACUAUGACAAAAUACCAGGAAAAAAAAAAUUAAGGAAUAAAUGAUUUAUUGACUUACGGUUUCCAGUGUUUCAGUAAGAAGUCAGCUAUAUGGGAACUUGGGCUUGAAGUGAGGCAAAAUAUAAUGGCUGUGGGUGUGGCAAAGGCCUCUCUCCUCAUGACAGCCAGGAACCAGGAGGACAGGAAGUGGCCAGGAAUAAGGCAUAGCUUUCCAGGGCAUGUUCCCAAUGAUCUCUUUCUCCAGCUGAGUCUCAGCUCUUGAUUUCCUCUACCUCCCAAUAGUAUCACAUUAUGGACACAUCCAGGGAUUAAUCCCUUGACUAGAGAAAUGUGCUUUAGUUCAAUAACUUCCCAAUGGUUAGAUUUGCCAGUUGAGGAGCAAGCCUCCCUCUUGGGGUACAUUGUAUCUAUACAGUAACAAGUGGCUAACAGCAAUCUCAUAUCACCUCCAGAAGAAAGAAGCAAGCAUGUUUGUGUAUGUAUUGAAACCACCAAUCCCGACAGCAAAUUGCUCUGAAACCACUGUAACCAAGGCAGUGAGGCCUAAAACUACCCUGCACUGUGGACCUACUUCUCAACUUCUCAACUCUAUGAUCUUAAGUCUCACAUUGCCUACCUGGAGCAGAGAAGUAGUCUUCUAAAGGAAUGAGUUGAAAAUAGAGGAGUUUCUCCCUGGCUAUUUAAAAUCAAGCUUUGUAGAAUGCCAAGCCUAUAUACUUUGAAAUCACAAAAUAAUGGAAAUAGAGCUACUAAAAAUUUGGUUUCAACAUUCCACAAAAGAAACACAAAAAACGACAUAGCCACACCACCAGUUUGAGCCGUCCUCAAACCUGUCUGUUGGUUAGGUCUUAGAGCAGCAGCAAAGGGAAAAAUGUUGGGAAAUUUUAAAGUAAAUAAAAGUUAAAGGGCUGAAGGGAUGGCUUAGUGGUUAAGGCAUUUUCCUGCAAAGCCAAAGGACCCAGGUUGGCACAUGGAUCUGGAGUUUGUUUGCAGUGGCUAGAGGCCCUGAUGUGCCCAUUCUCUCCCGCCCCCUCUCUCUGUCACAUAACUAAAAAUUAAAAAUAUAUUUUUUUAAAGAAAAGGUUACAUGAGACCCUGGGCUUUGGGAUUUUCUGCCAGUUAAUAGCUAGAUCUGUUCACUUUUCUGUGCCUCAAUUUUAUCAUGUGAAAUGAAGAAAUUACUAGUACUCGUGUCAUGGAGGUAUUGUGUUCAGGUAAACGGGUUCAUGUAUGUAAAGAUUCCUAUUAACCCUCGUUUACUCCAUGUCCUCAAUUUUUUAAAUAUACAAAUUUAUAUACUUGCAAGCAGAAAGAGAAUUGGCACACCAGGGUUUCUGGCCACUGCAAAUCAACUCCAAAAACAUGUGCCACUUAUUGCAUGUGGCUCUACGUGGGUACUGGGGAAUUGAACCCAGGAUUCAGGUUCUGCAAGCAAGUGCCAUAAUUGCUGAGCCAUCUCAUCUCUCCAGCCUUAUAUGUCAUCAAUUUUUAAAAUAAUGCCUGUAAAACGGGAGGCACUAAGUGAAUAUUUGAUGACAUAGGACUUGUUAUUAUAGCUAUUAGAUUGUUCCUGCUCACUCUCUUUCACAGGGAGAAAUAGUAAACUUACCCAGUUAUUUUAAAAUGUAUGUCCAGCCAGGCCUGGUAGCACACACCUCUAAUCCCAGCAUUUGAGAGACCCAGGGUAGGAGGACCACUUUGAGCUCAAGACCAGCAUGAGACUACAUAGCGAACUCCAGGUCAGGCUGGCUAGACCCUACCUAAAAAAUAUAUAUAUAUAUAUAUAUAUGUAUAUAUAUACUUAAUAACAUCUUGUCUUUCUACAUGAUGACUAAUGAAGAUUAAAGCAAGUAGAAUAUUCUUGUAAAAUUCUUUUUAACUGAACAUAAAUAAAUUAUAGACUAAUAAUUUCUUGGGUAUUAGAUUAUCAGCAAAGAUGAAAAGAAGAAGUUAGAAAGCCAGCCUGGAUACUGUGUGUGUAAUCCAGCUACUUUGUAGGCUGAGUUGAGAUUGUUAAAUCUGAGACUGCCUGGGCAAUUCAGCAAGACCUUGUGUGUUUGUAUAAAAACUGUUCCCCAUAGAUGAAUGUGCUUGAAUACUUCAUCCCCAGUUGGUGGCAUUGUUUUGGAACUUUGUGAAACCUUUAGGAGGAAGAGAAUUGCUGGAGGAAGUGGGGUGGGUAAGGGAGGCUUGAGGUAUAACGGCCCGGCCUUGCUUCAGCUUUCUCUCCUCCCUGCUGAUGUGAUGCCAGCUUCCUGCUUCUGCCCUGUUUUCCUCUCCAUGAUGGACUCCACCCUCUGGAACUGUAAGCUGAAAUAAACUCUGUCCUUCCCUAA